CCCUCGCCGCCCCUCUCGGCUCUCGCAGGCCCGGCCCGCGCCUCCCGCCGCCAUGAACCACUCGCCGCUCAAGACCGCCUUGGCGUACGAAUGCUUCCCGGACCAGGACAACUCGACGCUGGCUUUGCCUUCGGACCAAAAGAUGAAGACGGGCACGUCGGGCAGGCAGCGCGUGCAGGAGCAGGUGAUGAUGACCGUCAAGCGGCAGAAGUCCAAGUCUUCCCAGUCGUCCACCCUGAGCCACUCCAACCGAGGUUCCAUGUAUGAUGGCUUGGCCGACAAUUACAACAACUAUGGGACCACCAGCCGGAGCAGCUAUUACUCCAAGUUCCAGGCGGGGAAUGGCUCGUGGGGAUAUCCGAUCUACAACGGGACCCUCAAGCGGGAGAAUGACAACAAGCGCUUCAGUUCCUACAGCCAGAUGGAGAACUGGAGCCGGCACUACCCACGGGGCCCCUGUCCCACAACCGGCGCAGGCAGUGACAUCUGCUUCAUGCAGAAGAUCAAGGCAAGCCGCAGCGAGCCUGACCUCUACUGUGACCCUCGGGGCACCCUGCGCAAGGGCACGCUGAGCAACAGGGGCCAGAAGACCACCCAGAACCGCUACAGCUUCUACAGCACCUGCAGCGGCCAGAAGGCAGUCAAGAAGUGCCCCGUGCGCCCGCCCUCCUGCACCUCCAAACAGGACCCCGUGUACGUCCCGCCCAUGUCCUGCAACAAGGACCUGUCCUUUGGCCACUCGAGGGCCAGCUCCAAGAUCUGCAGCGAGGAUAUCGAGUGCAGUGGGUUGACUAUCCCUAAGGCUGUGCAGUACCUGAGCUCCCAGGAUGAGAAGUACCAGGCCAUUGGGGCCUAUUACAUCCAGCAUACCUGCUUCCAGGAUGAAUCGGCCAAACAACAGGUCUAUCAGCUGGGAGGCAUCUGCAAGCUGGUGGACCUGCUCCGGAGCCCCAACCAGAACGUCCAGCAGGCCGCGGCCGGGGCCCUGCGUAACCUGGUGUUCCGGAGCGUCGCCAACAAGCUGGAGACCCGGAGGCAGAAUGGGAUCCGAGAGGCCGUCAGCCUCCUGAGGAGAACUGGGAGUACUGAGAUCCAGAAACAACUAACCGGGCUGCUCUGGAACCUGUCCUCCACUGAUGAGCUGAAGGAGGAGCUCAUCGUGGAUGCCCUGCCUGUGCUGGCCGACCGGGUCAUCAUUCCCUUCUCCGGCUGGUGUGAUGGCAACAGCAACAUGACCCGGGAAAUGGUGGACCCUGAAGUCUUCUUCAAUGCCACAGGCUGCCUGAGGAACCUGAGCUCUGCCGAUGCAGGCCGCCAGACCAUGCGAAACUACACGGGACUCAUUGAUUCCCUUAUGGCCUAUGUCCAGAACUGCGUGGCGGCCAGCCGCUGUGAUGACAAGUCCGUGGAGAACUGCAUGUGUAUCCUGCACAACCUCUCCUACCGCCUGGACGCCGAGGUGCCCACCCACUACCGCCAGCUGGAGUACAAUGCGCGCAACGCCUACACUGAGAAGUCCUCCACGGGCUGCUUCAGCAACAAGAGCACCAAGAUGAUGAACAACAACUACGACUGCCCCCUUCCGGAGGAAGAGAGCAACCCCAAGGGCAGCAGCUGGCUGUACCAUUCAGAUGCCAUCCGCACCUACCUGAACCUCAUGAGCAAGAGCAAGAAAGACGCCACCUUGGAGGCCUGCGCUGGUGCCCUGCAGAACCUGACCGCCAGCAAGGGGCUGAUGUCCAGCGGCAUGAGCCAAUUGAUCGGGCUCAAGGAAAAGGGCUUGCCACAAAUUGCUCGCCUCCUGCAAUCUGGCAACUCUGAUGUGGUGCGGUCAGGAGCCUCCCUCCUGAGCAACAUGUCCCGCCACCCUGUGCUGCACCGAGCGAUGGGGAACCAAGUAUUCCCAGAAGUGACCAGGCUCCUCACCAGUCACACUGGGAACACCAGCAACUCGGAAGACAUCCUGUCCUCGGCCUGCUACACUGUGAGGAACCUGAUGGCCUCCCAGCCGCAGAUGGCCAAGCAGUACUUCACCAGCAGCAUGGUCAACAACGUCAUCAACCUGUGCCGUAGCAGUGCCUCACCCAAGGCUGCAGAAGCUGCCCGCCUCCUCCUGUCUGACAUGUGGUCCAGCAAGGAACUGCAGGGCGUCCUCAGGCAGCAAGGCUUGGAUAGGAACAUGCUGGGAACCUUAGCCGGGCCCAACAGCCUCAGGAACUUCACCUCCCGAUUCUAAGAAGGGGCUGCCCAAGCAAGUACAGAUUGCAGAAAUGAUAUGAUCCAGCUGAGAAGACCUCAGGCCUUGCUGGAGGGGUGAUUCUGCACACCCUGCGCAGUGUUUGGAAAAGUUCAAAUGCAACUGAAAGCAAACCUGAAAACUGUGGAUGAUGGAAAUAUUUUUAGAUUUUUUUUU